AUGUCUGGCACCCAAGAAGCAUACCACCUCACCAAGGAGGACGUUCGCAAGGCCGAGCAGCGCGAGUCCAAGGCCCACGGCGGCAACAUCCCAGCAGAUUCUGAGUCCGCUGGUCUUCAGUCCAUCGUCGACCAAGCCGACAAGAACAAGCAGGAGAUCAUCGCAGAGCGCCAGGCCAACCUCCCUCUCCCUGAUCAACCACCGCAGGCCUCCGACUUCAACAGCGCAGACGCACGGACAGUCAAUGUCGGCUCUGGCAGCACCUCUGGCAACUUCUCCCACGGCAACGACUCCCUCCGCGAGCCAGCUACUGGCGGCAGCGCAGUGCGAGAAGACCCAUCAGCGACGGGUCAGCAGGUUCUCGGUCAGAAUGUCGGACGUGAGGGUGCAGACGGUUUGAGCGGCCUUCCCAACGACGCAGUCGCACGGGGCGCCAAGGGCAAGGCUGGUCUCGAGGACACGACCAACCAGUAA